GCGCGGCGGCCUCAGCUGGCUAGGGAGGCCAGACCAGGAGCGCGGGAGUCCGCUAGUGCCCCCGGCGCACCGGCCUAGCCGCGACUUCCAGGUAACUGAGCCGGUGGCGGGUGGGCAGCAGCGGGCGGUGCGGGACUCAGCCGUCUGGCCCCGUCGGGAAGAGGGAGCGCACCGAGCCCCACGUCGGUGGCAAGUGACCCGUAGGGCGCCUCGUUUGGGGAUUUGUUAUCUGAAGAAAUGGAUACUUCUCCAUCCAAAAAAUAUCCAAUUAAAAAACGGGUGAAAAUCCAUCCCAACACAGUCAUGGUGAAAUAUACCUCUCAUUAUCCCCAACCUGGGGAUGAUGGGUAUGAAGAAAUCAACGAAGACUAUGGUAGGUUUAUGGAAGAAAACCCAAAGAAAAGUCUGCUGAGUGAAAUGAGAAGAAAAGGAAGAACUCUGUUUGGAACCAUGGACACUCAGCCUUCGUCGUCAGAAGACCCAAGAGCCAGUGGCAUGGGACAGUUCCAGAGCUUUGCAGAAAAAAACAUUUUUCAGUCCCGAAAAAUGUGGCUAGUGCUGUUUGGGUCUGCUUUGGCGCACGGCUGUGUGGCUCUCAUCACGAGGCUCAUUUCCGACCGUUCUAAAGUUCCAUCCUUAGAACUGAUUUUUAUCCGGUCUGUCUUACAGGUCUUGUCCGUGAUAGUUGUGUGUUAUUACCAGGAAGCGCCCUUUGGGCCCAGCGGAUACAGAUUACGACUUUUCUUUUAUGGAGUAUGCAAUGUGAUUUCCAUCACCUGUGCUUAUACCUCCUUUUCAAUAGUUCCUCCGAGCAAUGGGACCACGAUGUGGAGAGCCACCACCACCGUUUUCAGUGCCAUUUUAGCCUUUCUACUUGUAGAUGAGAAAAUGGCGUAUGUUGACAUGGCUACAGUGGUUUGCAGCAUCUUAGGUGUUUGUCUUGUCAUGAUCCCCAACAUUGCCGAUGAGGACAAUUCUCUGUUAAACGCCUGGAAGGAAGCCUUCGGGUAUACAAUGACUGUGAUGGCCGGGUUGACCACGGCGCUUUCUAUGAUAGUAUACAGAUCCAUCAGGGAGAAGAUCAGCAUGUGGACCGCACUGUUUACCUUCGGUUGGACUGGAACAAUCUGGGGAUUAUCUACUAUGUUUGUCCUUCAAGAGCCCAUCAUUCCUUUAGACGGAGCAACAUGGAGCUAUCUCAUUGCUAUAUGCCUCUGUUCUACUGCAGCGUUCUUAGGUGUUUAUUACGCCUUGGACAAAUUCCACCCAGCUUUGGUUAGCACAGUACAACAUUUGGAGAUUGUGGUAGCUAUGGUCUUACAGCUUCUAGUGUUACACAUAUUUCCUAGUGUUUAUGAUGUUUUUGGAGGGGUGAUCAUUAUGAUUAGUGUAUUUGUUCUUGCUGGCUAUAAACUUUACUGGAGGAAUGUAAGGAGGGAAGAUUAUCAGGAAAUACUGGACUCUCCCAUUAAAUGAAUACCUGGCUAUUAUUAUCAUCUUGUUAAUGUCUAGUCAUUAACAUGCACACUGCCAUUUUAAUAUUUACCUGUAGAUGUCUUUUGUGUUAUAUUAUUGAUAGAGUGCUAUAUAGUAUAAAUAAUUAUGCAGAUGCAGAAAAAUAUACCAGUCUAAUAUAUUAAAGAAUAAAUAUUAAAUAGAUGAAAUAUGUCAUGAUCUUUGUGUCUUUACAAUAAUUAAUAAAAGGUAAUUGUGGUAAAGAGUAUUUUUCCCCAUCACUAAAGACACAAGACUCAGAGCUCAGAUGGAAUUUCUGUGGUCAUAAACUUCUAAAACUUGAAAAAUGUUUUUGUUUUCUUUUUGAGACCAGGUUUCUUUAUGUAGUCCUGGCUGUCCUGGAGCUAUGUAGAACAAGACUGGUUUCCAACACACAGAGAUCGGCCUGCCUCUGUCUCCCAAGUGUUGGCAUUAAAGGUGUGUGCCCCUAUGACUGGCAAAAGUGUUUAUUCUUAAUAUUCUACAACUGUGCAACAAACAUCCUUCAAUAUUCAAAAAUAUUCAUUCAUGAAAAUCAUACUAAAGGAUAAAAUGUUGAACACUUAGCUAAAAUCCAAUUUUCCACUAAAAAUCUAAGCUGUCCUAAAAGGUAUGAGAAGGGAGCAAAGAAAAGUUGGAUUUCAGUAACAGGGAGUCUAGGCUCGAGAAUGGGAGACCUGUCUUCCCGCAGUAGGCUUCAGCACUGAAUAGAGAAUGAGUGGAGGGUACAAUUGUUUCUCACCAGCUGUCUAUAAUCGAUAAUCCUGAUUGUGAUAAUCCUGAUGAUGUGAGAGCUAAUACUUGGACAAGUCUCUUUAUCUUUUUUUUAUGCAAAUCUUUUUCAUUGCUGUUCCUGUUUAUAAUUCUAAGGUAAGUUUUUAAGUAAAUCAGACAUACUACUUAAAAAAAAAACGCCUAAAAAAAUAGACACGUGUCUAUUGACUGAUGAACUCAAAGCAGCUGCGGUUACAGAGCAGGGUCUGCGCAGGGCGCAGCUCGGCAAGGCGCAGGGUCGGCGUAGGGCGCAGCUCGGCAAGGCGCAGGGUCGGCGCAGAGCGCAGCUCGGCAUGAUCCAGCACAGAGAGGAAAGGGUGCUGGUUGAGGAUGCUCCUACUGGUGUGUUUCUGUGUUCCAGGUUCCCCUCCCUCCACUGUGGACAGCAGUAAUUGGACUUAAUGGGUUACUUUUCUAAAAAAGUCAUUUCUAGGACAGGCAGGGCUAACAGAGACAGAGAAACCCUGUCACAAACAAAACUAAAACAAAAAUCAAAACCAAAAAAGUCAUUAUGUUGGGAGUAGGGUAUGUUGAGGGGCACAUGGGGAGUUAGAGGAGGGAAAUGGGGACAGAUAUGAUAAUAUUUUAUUGUAUACAUGUAUGAAAUUCUCAAGAAUAAAGAAAAAUUAUAAUUAAAAAAUUUUAACACUAGCAGUUAUCACGAUACAGUAGAGAACUGAUAUGGGAUCCUGAGGAUGUCUUCAAAGGGACCUCUAGGCUUGUAAAAGCCUACCAGGCAGCAUCAAUGUGAGUCUAAUCUGGGCUGCUCUUCAUUCUGCUCACGCUUCUGUUGACGUGACUGAUCAUUAAGGUACUGCCUUAGCUCCCGUCUAUACUUUCGUAUGUGAUGCUAAGGCUCAGCCCCACAUGUUUCACUUUUCUGAUGCUACCAGUAUCUCUCACAGGGUUCUGCCUACAAAGGACAUUACAGAGGGGCUGAGCCCGAUGGCAUAGGGCUGUAAUUCUAGCUACUUGGGAAGCUGUGGCAGGUGGAUCACAAAGUUCAGGGUUAGCUUUGGCAACUUACUCAGACUGGUUUUCAAAAAAAAGAAAGUCUACUGGGGAUAUAGCUCAUACUAUGUAGCAAGCUGCUUUAGGCUCAACUCCCAGCACUGCAAAUUAAUGAAUAAACGAAUAAAUAAAAGCAAAUAAGUCAACAGGGGGAGAUUAGAAGGCAAAAACUGAGCCCCCAGUACUGCAAAUAAACAAACACAUACACACACACACACACAUACUUGACAAAGCAAACAAGUCAAUAGAUUAGAUGGCAGGAGAGGGACUUCCCUCUUUCCACUUGCCUUAUCAUUUGCUGUUUGACUUGAUUUUACCCUUAUUUUUGGGAUUACUUUUGGCAUUAUUCUACUUGCACAUCAUUCCCUGAGCAGUAGAAGAGCCAACCUGAGAGCUUCCUCCUGGAGGUCUGAGCUAUAUCCCAGCUGGGUCAUGCCUUACUGCUCAAGUGCUUUAGUCCAGACUUGAUCUCCCUUUUCACUAGCCCUAGGGGUGGUAGCUGAUCCACAAAGCAACUUCCUUUGGGUUACCUCAAUGUCAUCUCUGGCCCCUCCCUGCAUUUUAUUUUAUUUUAUUAUUUAUUUUGUGAUCCUCUGAGACAGGGUCUCACUAUAUACCCAUGCUGGCUUUGAACCUGGGGUGAUCCUCCCAAUAAUGGGGUGACAGGCAUGAGCCACCAAACCUGGCGUCAGUUUUUUCAGUCCAUUAACACAUAAUCCUAAAUUUCCUCCAUUGUGGUAAAAUGUGAUUUCUGUUUUUCUGAAUAAAAUGUUUCUAAAUUAUCUCCAAACAAAUCCAAAUCCAUUAGCAAGGUAGCCAGCGUUGGGAAGUGUUGAUACUUAAGAUUUUCAGGGAUUACUAGACAUUAGAUAUCAACAGACAUUAUGCAAACUGAGCCAGACAUAGAGCUAUAAGCCUGUAAUCUCAGUGUCUUAGAAAGCUGAGGCAGGAUGCUCCUAAAUUUGAGGCCAGCUUGGGAGAUUCAGUAAGACCCUGGGCAGCAUAUGUCCACAUAUGUAAUCUUGGGUGUAACCUGCUAAGGGUGAGCAUAGACAUCGUUGGGAACAAGCUAGAGAAACUCAUUCUAAGGAUUUCAUUUUCAGACUCCAUUUCAUUUUCAGACUCCAUUCGACUAUACAGAGAAACUAAAUUCCAGGUCCCAGGUCCCAGGGGAGCUGGGGAUUCCCAGUAGCUGAACAGCUUCUGUCGUAAGGAAACAGUUGCCUGAGUCCAGACAUCUCAAGGACAACUUCUCCAUCUUGUCGGCAGCGUCAAACAAGUUCCUGUUCCCAGGCCCAGGGACCAACUCCAGUCCUGAUGGAUGGACACUCCCUUGUUCAAUCCUUAUGUCAAAGUAUGAUUGGACAACGGUAUGGCCUACCCUGCUCCCCCUUGCUCUAUGGCUUAAUGUGAAUGAAAUUUCUUUAAUAUAAAUGUGGCUGUGAAUUAA